AUGCCAAAGCCAGGCGACGUGAGCAAGUUAGGCGUGCUCAGAGAACUGAUCACGUCACCCGACAAUAGGACACAUCGAGAUCGCAAGGCCACUUAUGUCAAGACUCUGGAAGCGGAAGUAGCCAAACUUCGAGCUCGAGAUUCGGCACACGAAGCACAAAUCCAGGCCUGCCGCAACACGAUCCGUCGCCUCAAAGAAUUGAUCAAGUAUCACAAGAUCCCCUUGCCCUUGGAUUUGGCAUCAGAUCCCCAUAUCCAGAGCCCGCAGGCCACCAUCGAAUUACUCGGCUUUCCGGACUCGCGCACGCAGCGAAUUCGCGCCCAGAUGCCACCUGAAACAGACUCGGGCUUUUUGGGCUUUCCGCCUUCACAAAAUAUAUUAACCUCGCCCGACCUCCCCUACGGUACGCUGCAUUCCGGCUCGACAACUUCUUCUAGUGAUCUAUUCUCUGGAUUAACCAUCAGCGAGGCUCCCACGAGUCUACACGCGCCCAGUAUCUACUCCCAAGCUCCACCGUUUCCCCCAAUCUCAACCCCAAUGCAGCACCCCCAAGGCCUCGGCGCUACGCAGGUCGGAGUCGAUUUCGUGCUUGCGCUGGAACACGUCUGUUUGGAACACCACGCUGCACAUGCCACGGCGGACGACGGCACAGGCCACGAAAUGAUGCUCAUGUCGCCGAUAAUGUGGCAUUCGCCCGCUCGUCCACAACCAGCACUGACAGCCGCAUCGUCACGACAACCGGCGGUGGCGACCGCAGCAACGGAAUCCGGGUUGCCGAGCGGAACAAGAUGGAGCGUCCCUGCUGUGGAGUUGGAAAAACUGCUUGAUUUCUCUGAUAAACUGUCACUGGAAGGGGAGAUUACUCCCGUAGAAGCGUGGCAGAGGGUUCGUCAGCAUCCGAAUUUCGGGAACUUGACGAGGGACGGGCUUGAAGCGUUGAAGGCGACGUUGUUGCCCGAGGUGCAUUGUUACGGGUGA